CGGCAGGCGAGGUGGCUGAUGCGGGCGUGAGCCGUUAGGGGAGGUGCUGCUGCCGCCUCCACUGUGCUCAGAUCCAGGUAGCACCCACAGGAUCGUCCGUCCUCCAGCAGCUCUGCAAAGGUGUGAACUCAGUUUGCUUCAGAGCCUCCCCACCAUGACCUCCAAGAAGCUGGUGAACUCAGUGGCAGGCUGUGCUGAUGAUGCCCUUGCUGGCCUGGUGGCCUGUGACCCCAACCUUCAGCUCUUGCAGGGCCACCGCGUGGCCCUCCGUUCUGACUUAGACAGCCUCAAGGGCCGGGUGGCACUGCUGUCUGGUGGGGGCUCCGGCCAUGAGCCUGCCCAUGCUGGUUUCAUAGGGAAGGGGAUGCUGACCGGGGUCAUCGCGGGAGCCGUGUUCACCUCCCCGGCAGUGGGCAGCAUCCUAGCAGCCAUCAGGGCCGUGGCCCAGGCGGGCACAGUGGGGACCCUUCUCAUCGUGAAGAACUACACUGGGGAUCGGCUGAACUUUGGCCUGGCGCGGGAGCAGGCCCAGGCUGAGGGCAUCCCUGUGGAGAUGGUGGUCAUUGGGGAUGACAGCGCCUUCACCGUGCUGAAGAAGGCGGGCCGGCGGGGGCUCUGCGGCACGGUGCUGAUCCACAAGGUGGCAGGUGCCCUGGCCGAGGCAGGCGUGGGGCUGGAGGAGAUCGCAAAGCAAGUGAGCAUGGUCGCCAAGGCCAUGGGUACCCUGGGGGUGAGCCUGUCCUCCUGCAGCGUCCCUGGUUCCAAACCCACUUUCGAGCUCUCAGCUGAUGAGGUCGAGCUGGGCCUGGGGAUCCAUGGGGAAGCUGGUGUGCGCCGGAUAAAGAUGGCAACGGCCGACGAGAUCGUGAGGCUCAUGCUCGACCACAUGACAAAUACCUCCAACGCGUCCCACGUGCCUGUGCAGCCCGGCUCCUCGGUGGUGAUGAUGGUCAACAACCUCGGUGGCCUGUCAUUCCUGGAACUGGGCAUCAUAGCUGAUGCUGUCGUCCGCUCCCUGGAGGGCCGCGGAGUACAGAUUGCCCGUGCCCUGGUGGGCACCUUCAUGUCGGCCCUGGAGAUGUCUGGCUUUUCCCUCACCCUCCUGCUGGCGGAUGAGCCCCUCCUGAAACUGAUAGAUGCUGAAACCACCGCAGCAGCCUGGCCUAACGUGGCCAAGGUCUCCGUGACGGGGCGGAAGCGGAGCCGGGCAGCCCCCAGUGAGCCCCAGGAAGCCCCUGGUUCCACUACAGCAGGAGGCUUAGCCUCAAAGCGGAUGGCACUUGUGCUGGAACAGGUGUGUGCCACCCUCCUGGGCCUGGAGGAACAUCUGAACGCCCUGGACCGGGCUGCUGGUGAUGGGGACUGUGGUACCACCCACAGCCGUGCAGCCAGAGCGAUCCAGGGGUGGCUGAAGGAGGGCCCACCCCCUGCCAGCCCUGCCCAGCUGCUCUCCAAGUUGUCCGUCCUGCUGCUGGAGAAGAUGGGAGGCUCCUCCGGGGCACUCUACGGCCUGUUCCUGACUGCAGCUGCCCAGCCCCUCAGGGCCAAGACUGACCUUCCAGCCUGGUCUGCUGCUAUGGACGCCGGCCUGGAGGCCAUGCAGAAGUAUGGAAAGGCUGCCCCAGGGGACAGGACUAUGCUGGAUUCUCUGUGGGCGGCAGGACAGGAGCUCCAAGCCUGGAAGAGCCCAGGGGCCGAUCUGUUCCAAGUCCUGACCGAAGCAGUCAAGAGUGCUGAAGCUGCAGCUGAGGCCACCAAGAAUAUGGAAGCAGGAGCUGGAAGAGCCAGUUACAUCAGCUCUGCACGGCUGGACCAGCCGGACCCCGGGGCCGUGGCAGCUGCCGCCAUUCUCCGUGCCAUCCUGGAGGUCUUGCAGAACCAGGGUGUGUGACUGCUUUCCUGGGCCUCAGCUCCUCUCACUCCCGUGCUGAGGUGGCCAUUGUCACCCCCCUUCUGCCUUUGAACCAUCACCAUCCCUCUCCUAAGCCCCCAUGGCCUGUUCCCCCUCUGAGUUCGCAGGAACUCCUCCAGCAAGCCGCCAGAGCUACUCCACUGCGGAGACGGCAGCCAAAGCCAAGUAGGCCACGGGCUUCUCCAACUCUGCCCUUUCCCUCCUCGGGAGGGUAGAGUCCCUGUGUCACCCCACCCUGUCCCAGCCAGCUGUGGGCUCCAGAGAUAAGGCAUUUGCCCUCAGCCACAGCACAGCUUGUCACUGGCAAUGCUGUUUGGUUUCCAGGCUCCCUGUGAAAGGCCUUCUGCACGGGAACCCCAGUCGAUAAGAAAAGAAAGCUAACAGAGCACACUCAAGCAAUAAAGCCCCUGCUUC